ACGGUGGCGCCCGUCCCUCAGGCAGGCAGCAGGCAGGAGGAGGGGGGUGAGGGAGGCUCAGCCAUGACUGACACGGACCAAAGUUAUCCCGGAAUAAGGACAGCACGCAUGUGCACGGACCCGGAUGUGAAAGGCUCGCCCAGGAGCCGCCUCGUACUGCAGCCGUGCCGGGCUGUGCCGAGCCAAGCGGGACCAGACCGUGCCGGGCGCAAGCGGGCCAGAUCGGGUCGCAGACGCGGGAGAGACGCCCCAAGCGGGCCACGCCCGUGCCAGGGCCAGCCACCCGGGGAAAUACGCCCGGAUCCCACCUCCCGGACCAAGGCACCCCCCAAUAGCCCUCUAUGUAUUCCAUUUAGAGUGCUGAUAAUAUUAAUAAUAAUAAUAGUGAUAAUAAUAAGUUUCACACAUGCCCGGGGCCUGCACCCUGUAUAUUAUACCAGGCAGGGCCAUUAUAUAGAGGCGGGGGGUCUGCAGCCCGCUGUCUCCAAAGCCGGGCUGUCCUGAGUCAUUGGCACCCCUAAUGCUAUAUAUCGUGGGUGGAAAGUCUGUAUAUUAUAGCCGUUCGCCAUAUAAUCCCAUGCCCGCGCCCACCGCUUGCGUCUCACGUGCCGGUUAGCGGAUGUACGAGAAAGUCAUUGCGUAAUAUUUGUCCACAUAAUAAUAUAUGUUUCCGUUAAUGAGUGUUAGCCUUGUGGUCUAGGAGUCUUCAAGAAGUCAGGAUCAAACUCCCUGGUGGUGCGGAAGUAAUGUUUUCCGAUAGCGUGGCAGCGCCCCCUGGGUUACGGUGUUUAGGAUAACCCCUUCUGUGCCAUAAUCCCUCCCUUGGGCGCAUUAUUCGGUUCGUCUAGUUUCCCGGUCCGCGUGCCGAGGAUGGAUUUCCGCGGGAAGAAGUACGAGCGCGGCAGCAACUGGUCGGACCCGGAGGUGGUGGAGCUGCUCCAGCUGUGGGGCAAUGAGUCCGUGCAGAUGGAGCUGGAGAGCUGCCUGCGGAACCAGCACGUCUUCAACCGGAUCGCCGACGUGCUGCGGGAAAAGGGGAUCCACCGGACGGGGGACCAGUGCCGGGAGAAGAUCAAGAAAAUGAAGCUGGAGUACCGGAGGCUGAAGGACAACAGCAAGACGCUGCGCGGCGGCAGGGCCUGGAAGUUUUACGAAGUGAUGGACAGGGUGCUGACCCACCGGCCAACCCUGUCCUAUGGAGCCAUGGGUCCGAGCGGGGUGCUGGGGCAGCCCGUGCUGCAGAACGCGAUAUCUGACGGGUUCCAUACUCAUUUCCCGCAGUACGGUCACGCUCAGCACCCAGAGCUGAUGGAGAUCAAGUGUGAGGAGGUGCAGUCCGAUGAGCAGUGUCUGACCCCAGAGCCGCCCUCUAUGACGUACAUACACGAUUCCAGCGCUGACCAAGAGGAAGAGGAGGAGGAGCAAAGCAUGAUGGACAGAGGAGCUGUAGACUCGCCUAUAUCCAGGGUGGAGGUUACCGGUGAUGUCAGCGGAUCUCCCUCAGGCUUUAGUGAAUCCAACAUGGCCGGUUCCUCUGGGCAGGGCGGGCGCCAGAGGUUUUGGAGAAAGAGGAAAGUGCGUGAGCCACUGGACGAGCUAGUCUCCCAGAUACUGAUGGCUCAGCGUUCCACUGAGGAGCGAUUCCUUCAGAUGGAAGAGCGGAGGUUGGAACAGGAGCAAGAGGCAGAGGACCGGAGGCUGCGCUUGGAGGAACGGCGGCUGCAGCUUGACCGCCAGCAUGAGCUACGCAUGUUUACGGUUUUUGCCCAGAUGCUGGGCAUGAUACGCCAAGGGGGAGGAGAGCCUGUGCCCUCGUCUGACAGCAGUUUUCCGCAAGAAGGGGACGUUCUGGCGAGAGGACGAGCCGGCAAAGUGCUGGAGCCGGAGAUGGGAGACAUGUAUAAUUGCAGCCAGUACAACAGUCCGUACCUCUCCAACCGUGGUAAUAUACUGUGCGGGUUCCGCGGCUCCUCUGAGGAGGGGUAUCGGGCUUAUCAUGAGGAUAAGUACGAUGAGGACAAGAACCCUAACGGCAUCAUCAACUUCGGCACCAGUGAAAAUAAACUUUGCUUUGACCUGAUGUCCAAGCGGCUAACGCAGAGUGACAUGAAUGUAAUUGAGCCGCCGCUGCUUCAGUACCCAGACUGGAAAGGGCACAGCUUUUUAAGAGAAGAAGUCGCCCGUUUCUUGACUUAUUACUGUAAGGCACCAGCCCCGUUACAACCAGAAAAUGUGGUUAUAUUAAAUGGCUGCGGUUCCCUGUUCUCGUGUUUGGCUGCGGUCCUGUGUGAUCCCGGAGAUGCCAUUCUGAUCGCUACCCCGUUCUAUGGAGGAAUCACGCAGAGCAUAUUCCUGUACAGCGGCAUAAAGUUGGUCUAUGUGCACUUGGGGAGCAAGAUAUCUCCCCAAGGAACCCGUCCUUUCCAACUUACUGUACCCAAGAUGGAGUCAGCCCUGCAGACAGCCAGAGAGGAGGGCACCAAUGUAAAGGCUCUCAUCCUUAUUAAUCCCCACAACCCGCUGGGAGACGUGUACUCCGCUUCUGAAAUGGUGGAAUUCCUGGAGUUUGCCAAACGGCACUCCUUGCACGUCAUAGUAGAUGAGAUUUAUAUGCUCUCUGUAUUUGAUGAAUCUGCAACAUUCAGCAGCGUUCUGAGCCUGGAUAAGCUUCCUGACCCUCAGAGGACUCACAUCAUGUGGGGAAUUAGUAAGGACUUUGCUGUCUCGGGAAUACGCUUUGGGACACUGUACUCUCAGAAUCAGGACGUCUGCAAUGGCGUCGCCUCCCUCUGCUAUUUCCACGGUGUCUGUGGUCCUGUUCAAUACAAAAUUGCUCAGCUGUUGCGUGACCGGGAUUGGAUUAACCAGGUUUACUUGCGGGUGAAUCACUCUCGCUUGCGGGCAGCACAGACGUACGUGGCCGGUGAGCUCCGCUCUCUGGGGGUGUCUUUCCUCAAGUGCAGCGCAGGAUUCUUCAUCUGGAUAGACUUCCGUAAGGUGAGAGGUUCAAAGUAGCUCCUGUUAUAUAAA